AUGGACGAUUACCACUUGUGGACCUUGAUUAUAACGUUGUUUAUUACCUUUACAAUUGUCUCUGGUACCACGCCGACAUUUUAUAUGGUUAACAAUGACGGAAGUUGUUCAAACUCAUCUUUAAAUGGGAUUUCCAGUGGUAAAAUCAUUUCACAAAAUGAUUCUACUUACCCUAAUGGUACAAACUGCAAAGUGACAUGGACUUCAGCUCCAGGUUCCAAGGCCCUAGUCAUUGUGACCCUUGACCUGGCUGACGCUGUUAAUGACACAUGUGUAGAUCGUUUGGAAAUCAACGGAACGGCAACGAUGUCCAACUCAAACCAGACACUUUGUGGAAACGGAUAUGGAACUAAUCAAUUGUUCGAAUUUGACGACACCCCCAUUACGCUUUCCUUUGUGACACAAGCCAGUAAAACAUACAAUGGUCAGGGUUUUAGCAUAGUCGUAACAGCAUUCACAGAGAAAUCAGGCGCAAACUGCUCGGGAUCCGAGUUCCUCUGCGACACCAACAGGUGCAUAAAUACUUUCCUUGAGUGUGAAGGAGAACAAAAUUGUGUGGAUAAUGCAGACGAAGGCUCUUGUUCAAGUACAACCGGUGCAACAACAGCAACACCAACACAGUCCUCCUCAAAUAUCUCCUCAAAUUCAACUGGGACGACAACCUCUUCUACUGUAAACGUCACGUCUUCAAACCAAUCAACAACACAGAGUUACUUAAGCUCCUCCUCCAAUUCAACUGUCCAAUCAAUGAUAAUAACUGCAACCACUCAGAAGUCGGGAGAAACGCCCGCCUUCUCUGGUCUUGGAGAAAAGGCAGUACUAGUAAUCAUCAUUCUGUCAUCAGCAUUGGUCGUUACAAUUAUCAUCACCGCAAUCGUUUACAAGGUUUGGUGUACGAAAAACGUUGUUCGCCCUGUUCUCGAAGUAAACGAGGCUCCAACAACAUCUUUUAAGCCAAAACCAGCUCCUAAAUCGGAUCCUAAACCAGCUCCUGAGCCGACUCCUAAACCAGCUCCUGAACCGACUCCUAAACCGGCUUCUAAGCCGGUACCCCGGAAAGCCCCGCCAAGUGAGUCAACCAAAACAAAACCAAGCCCUCCAAAGAAAGCCCCACCCCAAAAGGGCAAGAGCUUGAAGAAAGAUGCCUGGUAAACAGUAAUUUUGCUCAUUAAAAUUUUUUCCUAAA